ACCACCAAAAGUGGUAUGUGUUUCGUAAUGAGAAAAUGGACAGAGAAAAAGGCCCCAAAAAUGGGGAAAGAAAAAUAAAAACCCCCCCAAAAAAAAAAAACAAAUGAAAAGAAAAGAGAAGGGGUAAGCUGCGCGCAGUAAUAGUUAUAGCAGGCAUAACGGAGGAAGUGGACACCAUUCGAAAUCCAGAGGAAGCCGAGUAUUAGAGGAAUUGGAGGAGGGAGGAUGGGUCAUGGUGUACACAGUACCAGAGGAACCACAUUACCAUUUUCUUGUUAUUCUUGUUCGGUUGGGUCCUCCGCGUCGGUUUCUCUGACUCAGCGGCAGCGUCCUCCGAGUCUUGGCCCGAGUUUUGUGAGGUACGCGGUGCUUGGUGCUGGCUUCGCCGGCCUCUCAGUUGCGUGGCACUUGUUAAAGCAGAGUCCGAAAGACUCGCGUAUACGCAUCGACAUUUACGAUGAAGUUGGAAUCGGAGGAGGUGCAUCGGGCGUUUCAGGAGGCCUUCUUCAUCCUUAUUCCCCUAAAGCCAAGCUUCUAUGGCGUGCUGCCGACUGCUGGAAUGAAUCUUUAAACCUUUUGAGCGUUGCCGAAGCAGCAGCAGCUUCUGCUGCUCAAAAUCCUAAUGAAGACGACCCAUUGCCAAUUGUUAGAAGAAGGGGCAUCUUGAGACCAGCCCUGCGCAUGAAGAACUUGAUGUUGUUGAAAGAUAAUGCCCAGAAUUGCCUUGCCAGUUGCAGAAUAGAAACCAUUGACAACGAUGCUGCCCAAAAUCUUCUACCCAGUAUAUGUGUACCUUUCAACACCUCAUUUUAUAUGCCUGAAGCUGUUAAUAUUCAUCCUCAACGCUAUUUACAGGCACUCUUCUUAGCAUGUCAAAAUUUGGUGAAGGAAAUAUAUUCUGAUGGCUUUGGAGUAAAAGAAUUACAUUUGCACAAGAGUUCUGUCCACAAACUCCUAGACCUAGAAGGGGAAUACCAGGCAGUAAUAGUAUGUCUAGGUGCGAAAGCAGACUUGCUUCCUGAGCUCUGUGGGAGACUUCCUUUGAGGACAUGCAGAGGUGUCGUUGCACAUCUUCAGCUUCCUGAUCAUUUAGGAGAGGAGUAUCCAAGUCUUGGCCCCUCGAUAUUGUCAGAUGCUUGGCUUGCUGUGCAAGGUCCUCGAAAUUUAUAUAUGGGCUCAACAUGGGAAUGGAAAUCAAGAAACUCAUCACCAAAUGUAUGUGCAGAUGAAGCCACGGAAGCCCUUAACGAGCUUCUGCCGAAGGCAUGUGCCAUUUUUCCUGCUCUAAAGGAUUGGAGCUUUGCUGGAGCCAGGGCUGGCCUGAGGGCAAUGCCACCACUCACUCCUCAUGGCUCACUUCCCCUUUUGGGUUGUGUCAAUGACAUUGUAGGCGAAAACCGAACCUCCAACUACUGGUUAUUUGGAGGGCUUGGUUCAAGGGGAUUGUUGUACCAUGGUUGGCUUGGGAAGUUGAUGGCACGAGCUGUGCUUUCAUGUAGUGAAGAAUUAAUCCCAGAUGAAUUAACCUCCUGGAAGAAAAGAAGACAAUAAUUAAUACGUAACUCUUUGUUCAUUUAUGUUAGCUCUUUGAGUUAAGGUUCCAGCUUUUUAUCAAUGCUGAACCUUUUCUUAACAAAAGGAAUGCCCUCCUCCUACAAGAAAAAUAAAAAAGGCAAAAUUCAUAUGCCGCAAAAUUGGGUGACUGUUUUUGUAUUUUGUAUAUUAUGUGUGUGAGUUUAAUAUAUUAUUGCCUCCCCUCAGUAGGAAAAGUUCUAAAAAGACCAAUACUGAAUUCCCCGAAACCCUAACGGAUAUAUAUUUUUCUUCUGUGGAUUCAUUUUUCCCCGAUCCGUUGGUAUUUUAGUCUGCUUUGCCUUUUAUCCUUAGAAACAAAGAGCAUGUUGUCCAGCUUGCACAUGGAAGGGUUGUCUCGUUCGGAGCAGCAGGGGUACACAGAAUAUAAAUUAUCUGUGUUCAUAUUGGUGUAAUCUUUUUAAAAACCAUAUCUCGGUGUGUUAUACCAAGUGAAAAUCCAACAAGGAUCAGGAGCAAUUAUGGGGGGAAGACCAGGAGGAUCAAUUCGAGGUCAGGGUCAAGACCCACCUCCAGUGCUUCAUCCUGUAACCAAGUUUUUGGAUAAGAAGAAUGAUGAGGAUCUCUGGAUCCGUAUUUGGUUGUAGGAGAUAACAUGUAUGCUCUAUCCUCCUUCAGGUUUGGGAUGGUUACAAAGGUCUCCUUCGAUUCUAGUACGUAUUCUACAAGCAAACCCUUGACACUAGAGGGUUUGAAAUACUAGGAAGAGUAUUAUACGUCAUAUAGAGAAUAUGCAUAUUGCACAGAGUGUAUGGUUCAUUUGGGAAACUUGGACUUUUGUCUUGUCCAGACUGCCGUUGACUACCAAUGUCGUGAUGAUCACCACUUUCCGAAUUGUUGAUGAAGGAGAAGGAAGCUGCAUCAUCAAGACCUUGCAUUCAACUGUUUAUAAUGUGGAGGUCAAGGGCGAGUCAGAAUUCUACAACGGUUUCAGCUUCUCUCUAGAUUGUGAGGAUAACGAACCUAAAGGAGGAGGAGAAGAAGAAGAAGAAGAAACAGUGUGCCAGCAGGGACUAGUGGAAAAGAGAUGCAAGGGGAAGCGCGGGACCAAAAAAAAGCCCACCAAGUCUAUUAAAUCCUUGGGCAUCUGUUUGAAGAGACGCUUCAUUUUGGGCAAACCCUCAAGUUGAAUUGAAUUGAAUUGGAAUUUGGCAAUCACACUCUUCAUGCUCUCUCUCGUGAAGUUGGGUUUGUUGUGACAUUAUUAGAUGAAAGACUCAGGAUUAGAGAAGUGGGUUUUUAACUCUUUUACUGCCUUGCCUGCCACUGUAUCCGAUUGAGAAAGAGUUUUCACCAGCUGCUUAAUUACUUUCUCCCAUCAUUCUGUA